CGGUCACACUGCACACGUGACAACUAUGAGUAAAUUCACGCAUUCCGUAAAAGUUCCCACCCAAUAUAAGGCCACAGCCAAAAUAUUAAAAGUUGCCCUGGAAAAGCAAAAGUCAAUCAAAUCUCUAAUAUUCGAGGAAAAGCAUGCACGCGUUCGCAGUCUGCAGGCUGUGCUAAAGCAUUAUAGCGACAAUCGGGGUGCCGUGGACAACGCCAUUGAGGAGACGAGCCUGCUGAAGGACAAUCCCAAUCUCGACUCGGCCCUGGCCAAGGUGCUGGUGACGGAGCUUAUAUUCGGACGGGGACAACUGAACGGCGACAGCAAGCCGGUGCAAACGGUGCGCGAGUACAAGGAACGAUUGGAGAAGGCCAUAAGUGGGUCAGGCAUCCAGAAGAAAGAGCCCAAUCCGCGCUAUGUCCGAGUCAAUACGAAUCUGCUCAGCAUUGCCGAGGCCUUGGAGUAUCUGGCCAGCGAGGAAUGGCGGCGCAAGGAACUGCCAGCCGAGGCAACCUAUGCGGACUUUCUGACUGCCAUCCGGGCCAUGGAAGAGGAUGAGUUUAUGACGGACCUGCACGUCGAGGGCGUUCUGAUAUUCCAUCACAAAUGGGCGCACUACUGGGCCGGCCACGACUUUGUUCACAGCAAGAAGUUCAUACUGCAGAACAAGGCAACCAGCCUGGCUGCCGAGCUCUUGGCACCGCCAAUGGGUUCCACCGUACUGGAUCUAUGCGCCGCGCCAGGCAUGAAAACGCUGCACAUGUGCAAUGUGAUGCAGAACAAGGGACGCAUCUAUGCCGUGGAACAGUCUCAGGAACGGUACAGGGCCUUGUGCGACAUUACCAAUGAGGCGGGAUGUGAGAUUGUGACGCCCAUUCUGGGCGAUGCCCUGACCAUGGAUGCAACCGGCUGUCCGGAUGUGGAGUACAUCCUGGUGGAUCCCAGCUGCUCGGGCAAUGGCAUGCAGAGCCGCAUCAGCGUCUGCGACGAGCAGAAAGACGACAAGCGUCUCUACAAACUAGCUGGGCUGCAGAUCAAGAUCCUGUCGCAUGCGAUGAGCGCCUUUCCCAACGUCAAGCGAAUCGCCUACUGCACGUGCUCGCUCUGGAAGGAGGAGAACGAGCAGGUGGUGCAGCGCUGCCUGCAGCUGAAUCCCUCCUUCAAGAUGCUCAGCUGCAAGAAGGCGCUGCGCAACAAGUGGCAGAACGUGGGCGACAAGGAGUACGCCAAAAUUGGCAAGAACUGUUUGUACUGCCUGCCCGACAGCGACCUCACCGACGGCAUCUUCCUGGCGCUGUUCGAGAAAAAGCGCGACGGCGACGACGAUUAGCAGAUAAAAUAAGCACACGGAAGGCAUAACUUGUUGAUUUAUAACUUUAUUUGACAUAUUUUGCGAUUGCAUUACAUUUUCAACUUCAUUUGUAUA